UUGUCCGUUGACUGCUAACAACAUGGCGAACUUUCAUGAAAAUCAUCACAAGUUGUAAUAAAUAACGAAUUUUAAUAUAAAUUGAACAAGAAUUGUAAACUGUACCUGCGGUUCGAAUAAACAAAUAUAGAACAUUCAUUCGGAAUAGAUAUAUCUACAGAAAAAAACACAACAACACGCAUUUAGAGGUUCAAUAAUCUUCUAGUGGUGUCUUUCUGUGAGAUGCCGCGGCGCGUUCAGGAGUUGGAGCUACGUCCUAGUCUGAAGAAAAUGAAGGUUCUAGAACCGCCGCCAAGUUUGGACGUGAGUUUCUGUGACGACGAAGCUCUCCCGCCUGGAAUAAUCUUCACUGAUGUGUUACAAAAGAAGUGGCGCAUUGGUAAACCUGUUGGUAGAGGUAGUUUUGGACGAAUAUACUUAGCGUCCGAUGACAUCGACAAAGAAGUUACAAAAUUGAACGCCAGAUAUGUCGUAAAGAUCGAACCUCACACUAACGGGCCACUUUUUGUUGAAGUACAUUGUCUCAUAAGGACGGCUCAAGUCACUAAAGUCAAAAACUGGCGUCAACAGCACAAACAAAAACGUCUCGGAAUGCCGGUAUACAUUUCAAGUGGAUCAUUCACCGAUGAGAAUUCAGGGACUAAAUAUAGAUUUCUCGUUCUGCCACGGUACGACGUGGAUUUGCAGAAAAUUAUAUCGAGAAGUAAAGUGUUGGAUCUCAAAAAUGUUCUGAUCAUUGCCAUACAGAUUCUAGAUGUAUUGGAAUAUAUACACAAUCAGGGAUAUACGCAUUCAGAUAUAAAGAGUUCGAACUUAAUGCUAGGUUUUGAUGGUAACAAAAUCAACAAAGCCCUGGUCAAACCUGCCCCGUCUUAUCAGAAGGACAAUAAGCAAUUAGUCCUUCUAUCCAGAAAACAUAGGAAGACUAAAACCAGCAAAUCUAGAACUUCCAACUAUUAUGAUGAUGAAGAUUUCAUUCUACCUGACAGACCUUCCUUAGAAAGUCCAGAAAACAGCCAAAGACUGGCAUCGGUAAAGAAGAAACUAAGGAAAAUAUUAUCAGACAAAGACACUAGAACACUCAAUCGACACCACGCUUUCAAUUUACGACAAUUAUCGAAUUACGUUAAUUACGAAGAUUUAAAUAGCUCGGUUUGUUCUGAUCAGUCGUACCAGAAGCUUCUGGAUGAUUACGGCAACCAAACUAUUAUUAUAUCUGGUAAAAUAAAGAAAACGAUAGCAGAGAGUAGUGAUUUGGUUUCAAGUCUAAACGAAGUAUACAGGGAAGCUAUAUUAUCACAAUCUAACGGUCAGAUAUAUUUGUUGGAUUAUGGUCUAGCAUCGAAGUUUCUGGAUUCCAAUGGGAAACAUAAAGAUUUUAGUAUGGAUGCAAGAAAAGCUCAUGAUGGUACUUUGGAAUACAGUUCGAGAGACUCUCAUAUUGGGGCCCACUCGAGACGAUCCGACUUAGAAACUCUAGGGUAUAAUUUAUUGGACUGGCUAACUGGUACAUUACCUUGGAAAACAGCUAAAGUGCUACAAGAACCGGAUCUAGUCCACGUACUGAAGAAAAAUUAUAUGAGCGACAUUAAAUCCUUGCUAAAAGCGUGCUUCAAAACCGAAUUCUACCCACAGUUCAUGGAACGAUACUUCCAAUAUGUCACAAGUCUAGAUUUCACCCAGAAACCUGAUUACGAUUAUUGCAGGAGUUUAUUCCGGAGUGAACUACUUAAGCACAAUUACGUAUUAGACAAGGAAUUGUCUGUUAAUUUCAUGGAUUCUCCCAUGUCGCCAAUUAAUCGUAAGCUUUGCUAUUCAAAGAGAUUCGGACGGAAAAAUACUCCGCCUGACUUCUUAGCAAGGAAUGGUAUCAAAAAGGUAUACGAGAGGGAAAAUGUGUGUUCGUUUGAGAACGAUCUUAAACUGGAACUUCUUAAACAAACAUUGAACACGUCUCGCGAUAGUAUCAGAAAACCUUGCACGUCUAGAAAUUUCUUCAUAUCAGACGCGGACUUGGUCGCUAGAUUGAAGAAAUCACUCAUGCCACACGACAUUUUCGGUAAAAAACUGUGUCCCAAGAAUCUUAGAUCAAACAAAAAGAAUAUCAAACGCAGAGGUGUCAAGAGGCACAGGAAUAGUAUCGGUAAAUUCGGCAAACUGAUGGGAUCCGCACGACAGUUCACUUGGGCUGAGAUAUUGGCACAGAAUCCUGAACAUAUCAUUCGUAAGGAUCGCAAUGAGAAAGACGAUGAUAUAUGUAAAUAUAAAAUACCUGACUUCCCAUCAGAUAACACAGAAUCACAGACACCGUUACUUAAUAAGGAUUAUUUGGUCAAUUUGAACCCUACAUAUGCCAUGACCGAAGUAAUCAACAACUUGAAGAAGAAACUAAGCGGGAAACCUGUUAAGGAAAAUGAGGAAUUGCCACCGGGCCUAGAAGGAUACACCCCAGCAAUGUUAAGAGUGUAUAAGUUGAGAGAGAAAAGAAUAUUGAAAGAAAAAAAUGAUGCAAACAAAAAACAAAAUUGUGAAGUUGUGAUAACAACGAGAUACACGAGAUCUAUGGCCAAUAAGAAUAAAAUUAAUCUCGGUAUAAACGACAAUAAGGACGAAGACAAAACUAACGUACCUGAAGUAACGAAAUCCCCCAAAAGAAGUACAAGGAAAGCUAAGGCAAAAAGUAGUCCUAAAGAUACAGAAACAUUAGAGAUUACAAAACCCAACACUAAAACUAGUAAAAGUACUAAAAAAACACCAAAAAAGGCUACCGUGGCAACGAACAGAAGGCGUCUGAGAAGUAGCAAACGUAAAAAAUAAAAAUUAAGUUUAAAAUAGUUAGCAUAAGAUUUAAUGAGAAACCUGCAUUUGAAUCAUUAUAUGAUACGUCGAAAUUGAUUUUCCCGGUAACACUGCAGAGAGUGCAUUGUAUUUAUAUUAAAAAUAUGUGUAGUGUCUAUUUUGAAAGAUAACUACGUAAGUAAAUUAUCGGAACUAAGGAAAAUGGCGUUGAGUUAAAUAAACGAACUUGGACAUAAAAUCAAAGUUACUACAUAUAUUAAAUAUACAAAUUGUAUGGACGUCUGUAUAGCUCGAGAGCAGUCACCAUUCUGCGUCUUCAAACUUACUGCCUGAGUCCUGACGCUAAACCUUCUUACAUCUGUACUGCACAAUUUACAAUUUCUGGAAAUACUACCCGAGUCCUGACCCUUAAUCUUCUUACAUCUGUACUUCACAUUUUCCAAUUUCUGGAAAUACUUACUACCUGAGUCCUGACCUUUAACCUUCUUACACCUGUACUGCACAUUUUACAAUUUCUGGAAAUACUUACUCAGUCCUAACUCUAAACCUUCUUACAUCUGUACUGCACAUUUUACAAUUUCUGGAAACUGAAAGCUCUACUUUUUUUUAUUACUAACAAAAAAUAUUUUUUCGUGUUUCUAACAAUUACUUUAUGACCAAAUUUUACCGAUACUACAUAUGUUUACAACAAAAAAAACAUUAAAGACUGUCUUGUAAUAGUUAAGGAUACUUUUAAUAUUAUUUUCCUCAAACUUUUUUAGUCUGUCAACUUCAAGAUGAAAGAAAUAGUGAAGUUGUGGGCCUGAAUACGGUUUCAAAUAAUUUGCACCCGAUGAAACGUUACACGGUAUUCGUCAGUGGCCAUUACUUUAGAAUUAGAUGUUUUGUGAUUUCCUUUAAUAUUUAAGAAAAUAAAAAAUUGAGAAAUCUGUUUGAA